GUCAAAAAAUUUAAUAAAUAAUCCUCCGGGUGUGGGAAGAAGGUUGGGACUUGGGAGUGUGGAAAGGGGAGCCGACAAAGGGGAUGGGAGAAUCUGGGGCGGCACCCUCACUCACGCCACCAGGGGUCCCCCGAAACCCAUUCAACACUCCAAUUCAUUUCCAUAAUUAUUCCAUUCUUAAAUCCUCAAUCCACACCUCCAUGCUAUGUACCAAUGAAUUGCUUCCCAGGAUCAAACCCCACCCAAUUGUUAUUCUUCUUAAUUUUGUUUUUGUUUUUACUAAUUCUACUCAAGUAAUCUGUAAAUACGAAGGCUUUUAUAUUAAUUAUAAUAAUGGUUUUCAGUUCCUUUCUUCACCUAACGCACCCAAUUCAACUGUAGACAAACCCUAGAUCUUCCGUUUUAAUAUUCCAAAAUCGGGAUAUUUUUGUUUUCGGGGUGGUUGGGCUAACUGAUGAUGGAAGGGGAGGCGCAUGAUCCGCGGAUCGGCGAUAAGGUGGACCGAGUUGAGGGGGGGAUUCGUGAGAGUUCGAGUGCUGAGCCUGUGCCUGAGACGGUAAUUAUGAUAACUCCGGCGGAGCCGGACGCAGAGGAGCGGCGGGGGAGCAGCGGAGGAAGUGGAAGUGACAAAGCGAAAGCGGAAGCGGAGGCGGAGGCGGAGACGGAGUCGAAGGCUAGUGUGAAGGAGGUGAAUUCAUGCGUCGUGGAUGUGAAGUGCGGCGGCGGUGGAGGUGGAGGAGGGCUUGUGGAGAAUUGGGAUGGAGAAAGGGUGUGUAGGAUUUGCCAUUUGAGUUCAGACCCAGCGGCGGAGGGCUCUAUUGCUACUUGCCGUGAUGCUAGUGCGGAUCUAAUCCAGCUUGGUUGCGGUUGUAAAGAUGAGCUCGGGAUUUCGCAUCCUCAUUGUGCUGAGGCCUGGUUUAAGCUCAAAGGAAACAGAAUGUGCGAAAUUUGUGGUGAGACUGCAAAUAAUGUCAAAGGUGUCUGGGACAACAGAUUCAUGGAGGAUUGGAAUGAGAGGAGGUAUGCCGGUAGCAGUAGUAACUCUUCAGACAGGGGUGGCGGAUGUUGGCGGGGGCAGCCAUUUUGUAACUUCCUGAUGGCAUGCCUGGUAAUAGCCUUUGUGCUGCCAUGGUUUUUUCGUGUAAAUAUGUUUUAAAGGUUGUGUAAAUAACAGACUUAAAAGGUUCUUCUUGGGCACCAUCACUUUCAUGGUUGCAUCUCUGCGACCUAAAGAUUGAAGGGUUCAAAUCUUAUAUACUGCCACCUCAACAACUACAGUUAAUUUACUGAACUGCUGUGAUAUAUUGUGGGCAGUCAUGUUUUCAGAUUGUAAGGAGUGUUGGCUGAAAUUUCAUAUUAGUGGGUGGAAAUUGAAAAGGAUUGGUUAGGGUACAAUGCUGGGAGAAAUUUCCUUUUUCUUCUUCUGUCUUCUUUGUUUUCUCUACUCUGUAAUAUAUUUCUGGGAGCCCCUCUUGGGUUCACUUGCCAUUAGUGUUGAGAGGGACUCCCAUCACAAGCAUGGAAGUCAUCCCAAAUUUGUUCAACAUUUACAUUUAAUUAUAGUGGAAUGCUAAUUUUCAUAUUUCUUUG